AUGGAGACAGCAGUGGAAGUGCCUCAUGAAGAAAACAGAGAUGGAGGUUCAGCUUUUCCAGACGAAAUCCUUCCUGACUACAAAGACUAUAUACAAUUUCCAAUAAGCAUUUUAUUCUUAACUCUUCUCUAUUGUGGUGAAGCUGCCUCUGCUUUGUAUCUAUUUGAUGUUUAUCGAAAGAAUAAUGAUAUAUUCUGGAUGUCAUUCACCAUUGGCUUUCUUCUUGUGGGAGUAGUUUUGGAUCAAGCUGUCCUUUUGCUUUUCCAGAAAGACUUGAUCAGACAUAAAUUUUUGUUUGUUGGGCACAUUUUGCUUCUAGGUCCUGUGGUGAGGUGUCUGUAUGCCAUGUUUAGUCACUACAGAGUGUUGAAAAGGCUUGAUAUGCUUAGAAAAGCGACUCCACUUAGCAACAAAAAAAGAAGGAUGUUGAUGGAGAGGGAGAUUAUUCAUGCAAUUCAUGGUGUUUACAUGCAAUGCAAGGCUUUCAACUAUAUGUCAGUCGUCCAGGCCUUUCUUAGUUCCAUUCCACAAUUAACAUUGCAACUAUAUGUCACUCUCACUAUAAGAGAAUGGCCUUUGGAAAGAGAAAUGCUGAUGGUAUUUUCCCUAAUAUCAGUUACUUAUGGCGCUAUUCACUGCAAUAUACUGGCCAUGCAGCUCAAGUAUGAUAAUACUGAUAUUAAGCUACAUCUUGUGGAAUUAAUCUGCGUCAUGAUCUGGCGUUCUUUGGAGAUUACCUCACGUGUAGUGAUUCUGGUACUUUUUAUUGGAUCUCUGAAACUGAAGAGCAUGCCCUUUAUAAUUGUCUCGUUUUCAAUAUCACUGCUUAUACCAUGGGUGGAGUUUUUGAUAAAUGGAGCUCAUCUUCCUAAAAACAUUAACCAAAUUGUCAGUCAAACGGGUAGAAUACUGAUACUUAUUAUGAUCACUGUACUAAAUGCUGCAAUCAACUUAUUUUGCUGGUCAGGAGUGAAUCUGCAAUUGUCAAGUGAGGGAUUAAUUGAUAAGAAACACACGGCGAGUCAUAGAAUCCUUCACUACGGCAUUCGGCUAAUAGAAAAUGUAAUGAUGGUAUUGAUAUUUAAGUUUACUGGCGAGAGAUCUUUAUUGAAUUGCUGUGACUCAUUAAUUGCCACGCACCUCAUUACAGCUUACUUAUUAUCAAUGGGUUUUAUGCUUCUCUUCUACCAUUAUUUGUAUCCAGGGUGGUCAGGUGAUUCAUCACCAGAAGAAAUAGAAAUGCGACCUGAACCAACAUGA